GUGAUAAAGUCAAGGUUAGAUGACAAGGCAGAUUCCCAAACAGGUAAGCUAUGCCAAUUCGGGUAACCAACAUAUGUAACACUUGAUUAGGCAUAACAUUUAAAAUGGCCCCAGUUGGUGUUCGGAGUAUUUCCUUGAUUAACGCAAUGGGAUGGGGCUGGGAGAGACGUAAGCAUUCUAAAAAGCCCUACGAACGAUGCCGUGCCAGCCCCGCCAACAGAGUUUUUGACAGAGCCUCAAGGCAGCUGUAUAUCACUACGUAUGCUGGUGAUCUUCAUUAUUGGUACUAUGUAGCAACCCAAAUACGAACAACUGUUCGAUUGCCAAGGUUGUCGGUCAGCAUGCCACGCAAUUACACUACUGACACCUGCACAUGCACAUUCCUUGUAACGCGAAAAAAAGAAAAGAAAAGAAAAAAAGACAAAAAAAGAAAAAAAAAAGAAAAAAAGAAAAAAAUAAACAGUUAGUAAGCGGACCAGCCGUCAAGAUUGUGGUAAAUCGACCCAAUCACGGGAAGCACAGCCCUGCCAACCACCCAAAAUAGAAGCACGCGUGGCGUAGCACCUGACACGCCUUGUCAUUGGUUGAUAGGGCCUGCGCCUCCGCAAAGGAAGGGAUGUGGAGCUUAUGCCGAUCAAUCGGGCUGGCAACAGUUAAAACUCAUCCUCGCUGCUGUUGUUUCUCUC